UCUCUCUCUCCAGAAAUCCAAGUUCUCUCCUGUUUCUCUGUAUUUCCAUCUCUCUCGUCCCUUUCAGAGUAGAGAGAGAGAGGGCAAAGUGUAAAAAGAGGGAGUGAAAGAUGAGAACCCACCAAAGCGUGCAUUAAAAGAACGCGAGAGAUAAAUAAAAAAAAAAAAGAGGAGGAAAAGGCAAAGCUUGAUUCGUAUAAAAUCCCACCACCAUCCAUCACAAACCCUUAUCAUAGUUUAAGAACAUUUCUCCUUUUUUUUUUUGUGGGGCUUUUUCUGUAAAGGGGUUUUCAGGUUUUUAAGCAGGGCUUAGGGGUUUGGUGAGUUGUAGGGUUCUUCUCUCUCUCCCUCUAGUUUCAUAAAAGCUCAUUUUUUAUGCUGAAAAGGGUUCUUGUGAUGAUAUCAAGAUGUGGGUUCUCAUGGGUUUAGGCAAAGUUUCUUCUUUUGCGUUAAGUUGUUAACUUUUGGACAAAAAUUCUCGGUUUUUCAAGUGUUGGGCCGUUGAAUCACUUCCGUGUUUGGCCAUCUUGUUAGCGAAACGAUCGCUAGAAGAUUUGAUACCCAUCUAACAAAUGGAGGGUUCUGCAAGAAACGGUGAAAUCUGUCCGAAGCUUCUGAAUCUGAUCCCUAAAGACAGAGAAUGGUUCCACGACGAUAAAUCGAGCCAUGGAUGUUGCAACACAGAGGAGAAGAAGCUCGAGCUGAGGCUUGGUCCCCCUGGUGGCGAUGAAGGUUGCUUGGCAAUGAAGAAGAACACAGACAACAGAAACAAGAACAAGAACAUGCUGAACGUCAAACAUGAAACAGAGGACAAGUCCCUGCUCUGUCUCGGUAGACACUUUUCUCCUUCCACAACCAAAACCACAGCUGUUCCUCACAGCUCCCAGAAAAGAACUGCUCCUGGUCCAGUGGUGGGUUGGCCACCGGUCCGUUCCUUCAGGAAGAAUCUAGCGAGCGCAAGCUCUUCGAAGGCGGGAAACGAGUCCUCCAAUGGCGGACAGGGCAAGUGUGAUGCUGAAAAACCAUUCGAAUCUAAGACAAAAGGUCUGUUUGUGAAGAUCAACAUGGAUGGUGUUCCUAUUGGUCGUAAAGUCGAUCUCAACGCCUACAGCAGCUAUGAACAGCUGUCUUCGGCCGUCGACAAGCUCUUCAGAGGCCUUCUUGCAGCUCAGAUAGAUUCCUCUGGUCGUGGAAACAAGCUAGGAGAGGAGAGACCGAUCACCCGGUUGCUGGACGGUAAUGGAGAAUAUACUCUCACUUACGAAGACAACGAAGGCGACAAGAUGCUUGUUGGGGAUGUUCCAUGGCACAUGUUCGUAUCGUCGGUGAAGAGGCUGCGGGUGAUCAAAAGCUCUGAAGUUUCUUCUGCAUUAACCUUUGGUAGCAGUAAGCAAGAGAAGAUGAAACAUUGAAUGAAGAUCUUUUGAAUGAGAAGAGAUGUUUUUGCUUACCAUUCACUUUGUCUGAAAUUUGGCCUUGAAAACUCUCUACUACUUGGCCAUGUUCUUACAGCUUUCUUCAUGUACAUGUGGUUUGUUACAUAUUAUUGUCUUUUUUUUCUUGUCCAAGUCCUUUUACUCUGUUGAGAGUUUGGAUCUGAAUCUGAUCUUUGAUGUUCCUCGAAACUUCAUAGUCCAGGCUUUGGCUUCCAUGCUUUUGUAAUCUUAACUUCUUGCCUUUAUGGAUUCCAACAUGAGUUUCCAAACA